CGAAGUCUGCAUCAGCCAAUCGUAUUGCGUCAAGGAGAGCCAUCAGGAAGUGAGUUCCCUCAAGGAGGAAAAUAUUUAUCGUUUUUUCGGCAAGUCUCAAAAGUCAGUUGGUUUACAAUAGACGAAAAAGUAUGAUAUUUAUAGAAGCUCUUUUUUGUUGGAAGUUUAGUGAGACAUACGGCGAGUCCGGUUAGACCGCUACACGAUUUACGCCGAAUACGCUAAUGCUAAUUUCGUCUGUCUUUAGCAUAGUACAUCAAAUUAAAUAGUCGGUGAGUGAGGAGGAAAAUCACCAAAAUGACCCUACAUACUACUGAUCGAGCAGUCUAACAGUUGUUCUGUGUUGCAAUGAAGCGCUCCAGAGUCCAGCUCUGACCCCUCUGGGCCAUGAACUCUGUUUCCCCCAACGCGGUGCAUUACACGGGCGGCGCAAUGCACAGUGAGCUAGUGGAGGGCCGGAGGCAGCAGUCCCCGGCGCAGCAGGGUGGUCUUGGACUUAGACCUCCCCAGAGUCCAGAUCCCAGCAAAGAAGCGAGUGGAGAGCCCGAGGAGCUGGAUAAACUCAAAGCCAAAUUAAUGACAGCAUGGAACAACGUCAAAUAUGGAUGGACUGUGAAAUCAAAGACGACCUUCAAUAAGAUUUCACCAGUCACUGUUCUGGGACACUCCUAUCUGCUUAACAGUGAAGACCAAGUGGAGCGCUUCCGCCUAGCUUUUGUGUCCAGGCUGUGGCUGACUUACAGGCGGGAGUUCCCUCAGUUGGAGGGCUCCAAUUUGACCACUGACUGUGGCUGGGGUUGCAUGCUGCGCAGUGGCCAGAUGAUGCUGGCUCAGGGCCUCCUUGUCCAUCUAAUGCCCAGAGACUGGACUUGGCCAGAUGCUCAACAAUUCACAGACGUGGACUUUGAAGUGUUGCGAGUACGUUCGCCGGUGCGUGUGGGUGGCGUACCUAUUCCCUCUUUCGGCUCCCCACGAGGAUCCAGCAUACCCGAGAAGACGCCGCCCAGUAAUCUGACUCCUGGUAGUACUCAAAAGAAGAGAUGUGAGCCCUCACGGGAUCGACAAGCCGAGUCCAUCCACCGCAAACUACUCUCAUGGUUUGGGGAUCAACCGCCAACACCUUUUGGGGUGCACCAGUUGGUGGCAAUUGGCAGGAGUUCUGGAAAAAAAGCUGGGGACUGGUACGGCCCGUCCAUAGUUGCACACAUACUGCGGAAAGCUGUAGCUAAAACUACUGUUAUUCAAAACCUGGCUGUGUAUGUGGCUCAGGAUUGUACAGUGUACAAGGAGGAUGUCACACAUUUGUGUGAACCACCCCUCACCCACACUGCUCCAGAACCAGACAACGAAGCCUGGAAGUCAGUCAUCAUCCUGGUACCUGUCCGCCUGGGUGGGGAGGCCCUCAACCCGUCUUAUAUUGAAUGUGUCAAGAACAUCCUAAAGCUGGAAUGUUGUAUCGGUAUCAUUGGAGGCAAGCCAAAGCACUCCCUGUACUUUGUCGGCUUCCAAGAUGAGCAGCUGCUGUAUUUGGACCCUCACUACUGCCAACCUGUGGUAGACGUCAGUGAAGUCAACUUCCCACUUGAGUCCUUCCACUGUAGUUCUCCCAAAAAGAUGCCCUUCACUCGAAUGGAUCCCAGCUGCACCAUUGGCUUUUAUGCCAGGAACAAGAAAGACUUUGAGUCUUUAUGUUCUGCUGUUAGUCUGGCCCUGUCAUCCUCAAGUGAGAAGUACCCAAUCUUCACCUUCGUGGAGGGCCAGAGUCAGGAUUAUGGACUGGAGGAGAACAGCAGCCACCCCACCGCAUGCCCCGCACCACAUAUCCUACCCCCUGGCAAUCCUGCCCAGGUUAAUAACAGACGAAAUAGUGACGAGUUUGUCUUCCUGUGAAACUGGGAUAAAGGUGUUCAUUUUUCAUUGAAACGACUGGAUACAGUAAGUCAUGAUAAAAACAAACCUAACAGGCCUGAAAAUCUAAAAAUGAACCAUUUCUUUGGUCAGGUACAAACUGUGUUUAUGUCUUUUUGUGUGUUUUCUUUAUAUUUGCAGUUCUUUGAGUAUUUAUCAGAUGUAUGAAUGUGUUAGUGUGCAUGUUUAGUUUGUGAGUUUUGACUGGUAUAAAAGUAACAACGUGAGUAUUACACGUCGGCACACUGAAGCUGCUGUACUUUCAUGUUUGUGUUGUAGUUGCUAAUCACAACCGCGCACUGGCGAUUGCAUUCCUCAUCUGCCGUCUUUAUUUCACACAAGGGUUUCACUUGAUAACGCAGAUGAUGACAGAACACGUUUCAUUUCAUAUUCUGGGUUUCUUUCCUCAAUAGUCGAACUUCAUAGGGUUUUGACUGAGCAUCUAGUUUUUGUUCAUGCAGUAUGUAAAGUUUAUCUACUACUACAAAUUAUUUUGUCCUCAUUGAACACUGGAAUUGCUUAAUAUGUAUAUUCACUCUGCCAGUUUUCUUUGGUCAGCGUAGAUGUUUAAAAUGCUGACAAAAGUUUGUAGUUUUGUUUAAGAACAUUUGAUGUUAAAACUGAAAUAAAAGUUAAUGAUGAUAAGAUAUAGGGCAAAGCUCCCCAAACAGAUAAUUGGGUAUUAAACGUUUUGUUGAUUUAAAUCAUGACUCAUUUGCUGUCAUUAUAUUGUAUACAUUAUAUUGUGUUGAUUUUUUUCAAUUUUUAUUAGUUCUUUAUUUUACCACUUUUCCUCAAGAGGGCUGGCGUGUGUUUCAGCCUAUCUCAGCUGACUUUGGGAGGGACUGGACUGCUUGCCAGCCAAUCACAAGGCACAUCAAGAGUCAGACAAAUAAUAAUUCAGUCGCAUUCUUACCAAAUGGCAUUUUAGAGUCUCCACAUAACCUACUAAUUAGGAAGCACAUUUUAUAUUCUGGUGUUUACUUGUAUUUUGAAAUUUUUGUUCAUAAUGUUCUUAAGUAUCUACUGAAUGGUCACAACAUUGACCAUAUGCAGAAGAUGAAAACUCACAUAGACAAGUAAUAAUCAAGAUAUUACUUUGAUUGUGGUGUGUGUGUGCAUACUUAUGUGGUUAAAUAACACAGCAGCCAAUAUUAGAAGAAACACUAGGUAACGUUUCAGUUUUGGUCGAUUUUACUGAAGCAGGUGGACAAAAGCAGUAGUGUUUUGCCCUGAGGAAGACUGCGUUUCCCAUGAGGACCAGCGCACAGAGUCGUAAAAUCCUGAUCUACUGGUCGCCUGCAGAUGGAUUAAACGACAUUUCUGUUUCCAGCAGCUGUGUGAUGGAUGAAUAGUGAUGAGGUAAUGGAUCCAGUUGUGGCUAAACAAUAGCACAUGACGAUGUUGAAAAUAGAAAUGUUUGAUUUUGUACCGUAUUCCCCCACUCGUCAGCGCUGACGAGUUGGUUGGGGGGGCAGGAGGGGGGUCACGCCAGCGAGUGAAAGCCGGGCCAAUGUUUAUUCUUGAGUGCUCUUUUAUCCUGGUAGCCUCCCUUUUUCUUUUGUUUGUCUCCUCGGACAAACUUUUUGUUUCUUUUGUUGCUCUGCCAUCCUUGCAGAAUUCGCGCGAAAGCGUUCGCAUCGACUUCCUUAUUUAUAACGAAUGGGGAAAGGGAGAAGUGACGAAUUCUGUAAAGCAGUCAGCACAUUUGUAGUUUUUUUGUGUGGCAGGGUCCCUGCCACCCUCUUCGAAAUUAAUUAGUGCCCGGUGAAAGUGAAAGACCUCCUCAAGAUAUAAAAGCGGUGUCAUUCAACUAGUUGUCAGUGGACAUAUAUCGUAAUUCUCAAAGUAUAAGGUGUUACAUUUUUCUCUCAUUUUGAGUCCUGGUGUUUGUAAUCCAGUGCGGUUUAAUAGGUAACACUUUAUUUGACAGCAGUGUCAUAAGACUGUCAUAACACUGUCAUAAUUAUGACAUGACACGGUCAUGGGACAUAUGAAUGCUAAUGAUGGAUGUAAUUGUCAUCCGGCAAAUGUUGUCACUAACUCCAUUUAUGUCCAGCUCGUAUAUUUUACAUCCAUUCAAAAGUGGGAUAAUUUGCCAGAUGACACUAAAUGACAUAAGCAUUCAUUAAUGCUCAUGCCAGUGUCAUGUCAUAAUCAUGACGGUCUUAUGACGCCGCUGUCAGUUAAAUUGUUACCGGUUAAUAUCUUUUCGCGUAAAUAUCACAUUAUACAGUGAGGACAGCUGUGGUUUAUAGUUCGGUGCGGCUAAUCUAUGAACAAAUGCCGUGUUCAUUUCAAAUUUGGUGGGUGGUGGCUUAUAGUCAGGUGCGCCUUAUAGUCCGAAAAUUACGGUAAUCGUAAAUGUUAUGAAACUAUAAAGGUUGAAAAGGUACCUGGUGUUGCUUUAAAUAUUUAUUAACAUGCAUGUUUGACUACAGAAAUCCUGGAUCAUUCCAGAAUUGGCGGACAUUUGGGCUUCAAAAUAAUUCACGUUUAAGAUUUAAUGCUACGUAGUAAUAAAAAAUGUUAUAAACUAUUAUAGGCCUAAUUAGCCAAUUUUAAAGAUCAAUGGUGAUAUUUUUAUUACAUUAUUGAUAUUUACAAUAUGUACUAGGCAAGUUGGCAUAAUCACAGUAACAAUUAAAAUUAGUAUUCAAUUAAGGCUAGUUGUUUUAUAAAAUUAUCAAAGAGAACAUAAAUUGUGCACACUUUUUUUUUUUUUUUUUUAAACUGAAAAUGUCAAGUCCACCAUAUUGUGAAAUUCACUCCUUUCGUCAUGCAUGCAAAAAUGAGAAUUUUAGUUUAGACAUUGGGGCAAGGGCGUAGGUUUGGUCUCAACAUUGGUAGGGACGAUAAAACAGCAUAACCUGCACGAACACUUUUUGCUGGGGAUGGGUCAUUAAUAAUACCAACUGGGUACCAAUAAUACAGACUGGGUGAACGGGGGUCAAGGCCACAUUUCUGACAAAUAUGGACCUAAUUAAUAAGGCUAAAUGAUCAAUGCAAAAUAAAUCUGUAUUGACUUAUACUAACUUUCAUAUGUCUUGGUUCAAGUGAUAAACUUUUCAAAUCAAACGUUUGUUUUCAAAAACUGCUAAAGAAGCAGUUGUAAAACUUCCAGAAUAAAUGUCUGGAUUUUAUUAGCAAAUUUAAAUUGGAAUAUUUGAACAUAAAUUAUGUUAACAUAUACAAUAAAUACAAAUAACUAUCCAGGAAUGCAAAAAAAUAAACAGUCAGGGAAUAACAAAAAUAAAUAAAAAUGGAGCCUUCCUUCAGGUAAAACACUACUGCUUUUGUCCACAAGCACUCCCAAACUCAACAAAAAAAAUGCUCCUUUGGGCUGUUUUAAGACCACAUAGAUAAAAUAAAAAUGACACCAAAAAUUUGUAGUGGCUGCUGCUGCUGGCCGGAAAAAAAAAGAACCCUUAAAACCUUACAAAAUACGGACAGGAAGACACUUCUCUCUUAGCAGCUUCGUGCUCAAGUUUUGCAGGUUACCAAAUUCACAAAGUUUGAUGUUAUGCUAACUCUGAAGCAGGUCGGGCUUUCAGUAGCAAAGUUUGUGGUGUGUUCCCCACUUCCACAACAUUGACGUCUUUUUAAAUUAUUUACAGUGGCUGCUGCUGCCCGGGAAUUUUUUUUUUUUUGUAAAAUCCCUCCUCUUCGGAGGAGGCGGCAUGUUCUUGACAUGUUGUACAAGUCAUCAGCCAAACGAACGUGUGUUUGAGGGGGGAAAAAUGGACGGCACAUUCAGCAAAUGAUAGGGGUAAAUGUACAGUAAGUCUGACUUAAUAAUAGUAGAGCCAAUUCUAUCCCUACAACAUAUUGGAAUACAAUCUAAAUUACCUAUAUAACUGAAGUCAUGAAUCAUGGUAUAAUGCAAAUAAGGUUGCUUAAAAGUUGUUGGGGACAAUUUGAGUUUUCUAAAAAGCUGGUACUUUUAUGUCCCUACCGUCUUUAUGCAAACCUACGCCCUUGCAUUGGGGGAGGUGGACAAGAGAGAACUUGAAUUUUAGGGUGCACACCCCUUAUUUUUACAAAUGUCUUCAAGCAUUAUUUUGUCAAUUUUUAAAUAUUUAAGUCUCAGACAAGUAGAUCGACCCAUUCACGUUUACUAUUUUGUUUAAGGAUUAUU